AUAUCUGCUUGACAAGUUUCAGUCGUGUCCACGUCCUAUUGUAAAUUCUGCCAAGCAUCGAAUAUCGAAAGUAAAAGUUAUUGGAAUAUUCACAUCGUUGCACGUUUCAAAAUGAAACAAGUCACUUUCAAAGGAAUUACUGUUGUUCGUGGUGAAGUAGAUUCGCUACCCCAUAAGGUAUUGACCUUUCUGGAACACGACGUGGAGUUAUGCCAACCUUCGUACGUCCACAUUUGCGACGGUUCCGACGAAGAAAAUCGACUUAUGCUGGACAUUUUGAUGGCCGAGGGUAUUAUCCAACCGUUGCCCAAAUACGAAAACUGUGUACUAGCCCAUACUGAUCCUCGUGAUGUAGCCCGUGUUGAAUCAAAGACGUUCAUCUCUACGCGAUUGCAGCGUGAGGCAGUUCCAUUACCGAAACCGGGAGUUAAAGGCCAGCUAGGCAAUUGGAUGUCACCCAGAGAUCUCGAGACGGCAAUGCAAGAACGAUUCCCCGGAUGUAUGAAAGGAAGAACAAUGUACCUGUUGGCUUAUUGCAUGGGACCUAUGGGCUCUCCUCUGUCAAAAUUCGGGAUCCAGGUCACUGAUUCCGCCUACGUCGUUGCUUGUAUGCGGAUUAUGACGCGUAUGGGCAAGCAAGUGCUGGACGCUAUCGGUGAAGGCGACUUUGUCCGUUGUUUGCAUUCAGUCGGUUGUCCAUUACCUUUGAAAGAGCCACUUCAGCGUAACUGGCCUUGUAAUCCUAAACUGACGUUCAUCGCCCACAAGACGGCUACGAACGAAGUGAUGUCUUUUGGAAGUGGAUACGGAGGCAAUUCUUUGCUGGGUAAAAAAUGCUUUUCACUUCGCAUCGGAUCUGCCAUUGCCCGUCGUGAAGGAUGGCUCGCCGAGCACAUGCUGAUUGUCGGGGUAACUAAUCCCGCAGGCGUGAAACGUUACCUGGUUGCUGCAUUUCCUAGUCAAUGUGGCAAAACUAAUUUGGCCAUGUUGACACCCACUUUGCCUGGCUACAAAGUGGAGUGUGUUGGAGAUGAUAUUGCAUGGAUGAGGUUCGACGAUAAAGGCCAACUCAGAGCCAUUAAUCCGGAAAAUGGGUUCUUUGGCGUUUGUCCAGGUACAAAUUACAAGACCAAUCCUGUCGCCAUGCAAAUGAUCCAGAAAAACACGGUUUUCACAAACGUAGCAAGAACGUCUGAUGGCGGCGUUUUUUGGGAGGGUUUAGAAAAGGACUUACCUGAAGGAGUUACCAUUACCUCUUGGUUGGGUGAGGAAAAUUGGCAGCCAGGCAGCGAUCACCCUGCAGCCCAUCCCAAUUCCAGAUUUUGUACUCCGGCCGGUCAGUGUCCAACUAUCGAUCCAAACUGGGAAGAUCCUGCUGGAGUGCCUAUCGAUGCUAUCAUUUUCGGAGGACGUCGUCCGACGGGCGUCCCGUUAGUUUAUGAAUCUUUAAACUGGCAACAUGGUGUAUUCGUCGGUGCUACAGUCAGUUCAGAGGCCACAUCGGCGGCUGAAUACGCUGGCCAUGAAGUGAUGCAUGAUCCGUUUUCUGCUCGUCCUUUCCUCAGCUACAAUGCCGGCGAUUACAUUAACCAUUGGCUGGAAAUGGAGAUGCCCGGAAGGUGGAUGCCUAAAAUUUUCCACGUCAAUUGGUUCCGUCGCGAUUCCAAAGGGCAAUUCCUUUGGCCCGGGUUCGGUGAAAACAUUCGCGUCCUUGACUGGAUCCUCCGUCGUUGCUCCGACGAGAAAGACGAUAUCGCAGAGAUGAGCCCCAUUGGGUUCAUUCCGAAACAAGGCUCGAUAAAUAUGGAUGGAUUAGAGAGUCCGGUUGACUGGAAACAACUUUUCGAUUUGCCCAAGGACUUUUGGAAGGCCGAAAUAGACAACAUUGAAAAAUAUUUAACAGACCAAAUAAAUGAAGAUUUACCAGCCGCAAUGAUGAAAGAAAUUGAAGACCUCCGUCAGCGAUUUAAUCAGUAAUGAAUAAAAGAAAUAUCCUGUUUUUCCUUUCGGCUGAAUAUUAAAUUGCCGGUAACAGCAUUGCAGAGAAAGGCUAAACAGCAUCCUUCGAAUCUCAGCUGACCGGCUAAAAUUUUUCGAAUUUUUCCUUUAUUUGUCCUAAUACAACUGGCAUAUUAACAUCA